CCUGUAGCUAAGCUAUUGCAUUUUAGUAUGAUUUUUCGUUGACCAGUGCUGUUUGAGAUGGAUAUUCCUUGACAUAAGAAAAAACGCAAAUUACUGUAGGUGAAAACAAACCAGCAGAGUGAAUCCAUGAGGACAGGUCUCUGAGCAUCCUGAGUUUGUUCACAUCAGUGGGAGGUUUGGCUGCGGCUGAAUUUUAGAACAGGUCUGCGCAUUGUAUGGUGCCCCAUAAGCAUACAGAGGCUAAAUGCGCCUUCACCAGGCGGCCAGCUGGAAUGAAGUAGAUGGGAGAAUCCAACAACAUGGUGCUGAAUGGCAGGAGACAUGGCAGCAGGUUCUCCAGUGAUCAGUCCCUAAGCAAGAGCAGGCUGCAGCACCCCCAGAGAGCCCAUCUGCAGCAGAGCAAGGGCUCCCCUAGUGGCCGGAGAUGCAGCCGACGUUGCAGCGGAGCGCCUCCAGAGGUGGAGAGACGCCAUGUCCCAUCAUCUGGAAUGACUGCAAAGGAGCUGUGUGAGUACGAUGACCUGACCACCAGUCUCAUCCUCGACCCUUACCUUGGCUUCCAGACACACAAGAUGAACACCAGGUCUUCAAGAGGGGGCAGACAAGAGUCAUUUAAUGGGGAGAAAGUUAAUGUUAUUCUUAAUUUUUUUUUUUUUUUUAGGUUUCGUCCUAUUAAGGGUCGACAAGGGGAGCUCAGAGACAUAAUAGAGCGUUUUAAAAAGCAUAACAACCUGGAGAAAGCGUUUCAGGCCUUGACUUCAGGCGACUGGACCAGACAUCACUUCCUGAACAAGACCAAGGCCCAGGAGAAACUCUUCAAAGCGCAUGUGUUUGUUUACCUGCGUAUGUUCGCCCCAGACAGUGGGUUUGAGAUUCUUCCAUGCAAUCGCUAUUCCUCUGAGCAAAAUGGAGCCAAAAUUGUAGCAACAAAGGAUUGGAAGAGGAAUGAUAAGAUUGAACAUCUUGUGGGCUGCAUUGCUGAGCUGUCAGCCAGUGAGGAGAGGAUGCUGCUGCGACACGGAGAGAAUGACUUCAGUGUAAUGUACUCCACCCGCAAGAACUGUGCUCAACUCUGGCUUGGGCCCGCUGCUUUCAUUAACCAUGAUUGUCGGCCAAAUUGCAAGUUUGUGUCAACAGGUCGAGACACUGCUUGUGUCAAGGUCCUUCGGGAUAUUGAACCUGGGGAAGAGAUCUCGUGUUACUAUGGAGAUGGUUUCUUUGGAGAAAACAAUGAAUUCUGUGAAUGCUAUACUUGUGAACGACGAGGCACUGGUGCCUUUAAGUCAAAAGCUGGGCUUCCAGUUGAGACUCCGGUGAUUAAUAGCAAGUAUGGCCUGAGAGAGACAGACAAGCGUCUGAACAGGCUGAAGAAGCUGGGAGAGGGCAGUCGAAACUCAGACAGUCAAUCUGUCAGCUCCAACGUGGAAGCAGACUCUCAGGAAAUGCCCAGUGUACACACAUCAUUACGGAAGAGGACGUCCCAAUCCUGUAUCAAAAAGCUUGGUGAAGCUAGGGCAGCAACAAGGCAAACUCUGUCAAGCACUCCUACCUCUACCUCAAGCCCUAAACGAAGUCAUACAAAUAACUCCAGUUUACCAAAGAGACUCAAAUCAAAGCCCGCACAGCCUUCGCUUAAGUUAAGGAGACGAUGUCGAGGAGUGGAAUCGAAAGCCUCCGGCAGAAUGAAGGGAGGGAGUUUAGGGGUGAAAGAGCAGUCUAGAAGGGAGGGGAACAGGCGAGGUUCUAUACAGGCCUUGGGAAGCAGAGGUGGCGAGGCACACACAGCAGUGAAUGAAAACAAUCACAAUAACUCUACAAAGGGUGCUACAGCGUGCAAGGAUAGCUUAACUUGCCCUUACAGAACUCGUAGGUCCGCGAGGACCUCUUUUGGUGCUCAGGAGGCUGCCGGCGGCAAACAUGGACUGCACCUGCCGCCCAGCCCAGACCCGCUGCAUGGCGGUUUGGUUCUGAAGACGGAACCAGGGGACUUCAUACCUGUGACGCCAGGGCACCAGCUGAACACGCCCAGCCUGGAAGCCAGCUGUCCCAGGAAAGGGACCUGUCCUCGACGCAGGAGGACGAUAAAACAGGAGGACCCAGGCUCCUACGGGGACACUUUCCUGCAGGAGGGCCUGCCCGAUCUGCGGCACGCGGCCCGAGCCGCGGAUGUGGCGGACUGCGGGACGGUGCUGCUCGGCCUGCCCGGCCGGCACCAGCACUACAACGGCACAGCGAAAGCUGGCAAGCCCCUCCGCCGGGGCAAAGGUAAGAAGAAGCGUCAGAUCACUCGUUACGACGCGCAGCUGAUCCUGGAGAACAACUCAGGCAUCCCCAAGCUGACGUUACGGAGGAGGAGAGACAGCAGCAGCAGCAAAACCGAGCCGCGGGAGGCCGACCCCGUCAACUCUUCCAGCUCCUCGAAAAUAAGCAUCAAAUUCAGCAAGGACAGCGAGAAGGACAGGAGCAGCUCGUACGUGGCCAAGCUUAACAACGGCUAUGGCCACGCCGCCCACAGCAGCUCCACCAAGCUGAAAAUCCAGCUGAAACGCGAGGACGACAGCAGGGGCUUGCACCGGACGUACUCGGACGAUCUGACGUUCACGGGCAUCGUUAAGAGGGAAGCAGGGGAGGUUCUGGAUCACGAGGUAGGGGUUGAGGGGGCUCCGAACACAGAGGAGGACUCUUUGUCUUCGGAAGAGGAGGAAGAGGAAGAGGACUACUUUGACAACGAGGAUGAUUUCAUCCCACUCCCACCAGCGAAACGCCUGCGUCUCAUUGUAGGCAAAGAUUCCAUAGACAUAGACAUUUCGUCUCGGCGAAGAGAGGACCAGUCUCUCAGACUCAAUGCAUAAGCUGUGUAUAAAUCCAAUGUUCCAAUCAGUCGUGUUUAUUUGAAUCAUGUAAUUUAAAUGGAGAAUAAUGCAAAUGUAAAAAAUUAAAAGCAACACAACAUAUCGUUCUCUACAUUUUAGUGGCGGCACUUCUUUAUGGGUUAUUCACUAUGAAUAUAAAUAUUGUAGAAAGUGUACAGGUAUGUAUGAAUUUUAUCCGAGGCUGAUGAUGUGCUGAUGUUUGUUGAAUCUUUUUUUUUUUUUCCCCCUGUAGCUUUAUUGUUUUCUUCUAUUAACUGCCCAGCCAUGUCAAACGCAUUGGGGAGGAUUCAUUCACUAGAAAUGCUUCAAAUGUCACAAAUUACUACAAAUCACUAAAAUCAUUAGGUGCAUAAUCCCACCUCAAAACUUUGGGAAACAUCAUUUUAAGGGUUCACAUGUCAGUGUCUACAUGUGCACAAAAAAAUAAUGUAUUUUGUCAGCGUUUUGUAGUAAAGGGAUUAAGCAAAGAAAAUAAUGUACAAAAUAACUGUUGUGAGGGUAAGCUGGUUUCAGGUAAUCUUUUUGUUUUUUUGUUUUGUUUUUGCUUUUUUUUUUUUAAAUGCCCUUGUGUCCCAUUUGGGUUUUUCGGGUGAUCAGUAAUAGCUAUAGUGCUGUUUUUGUUGGUUCUUAAAUGGUCCAUUGAGAAGUGGGAGACCUGAAAUUCCCCUUCCUGCUGCAAAGACAAUGCAAAAGCAUAUAACCUUCUAAACCCAUAGAAAUGCGUGUAACAAAAUUUAGAAAUGGAUUAAAAAAAAACUGUGUGAACUUAAACACAUAAAGGAAGAAAGUUAACAUUUCAAAACCAUAGUCAAAUUACUAAACAGAUAACAUGUGACUUUACCCUUGACAAAUGUCCAAGUUGUCUUUAUAGACAGUCCAAAACAUUAAUACUUGCAUGUUUCAGUGAAAUUGGCUGUUUCAGUCCUGACAAUGGAAGGUGAAAAACUUUUGUUUUAAUAACGGUAUGCAUUAAUGACCACUUUAUCAGACAGAAUACGUCUUGUCACAAUAUCCUGUUUACAUUUCCAUGUAAAUGUUAGAUCCUAGAAAUUAUGUCCAAGAAAUAAACUAGGCUAGGCUGUAUGUGUUAGAUUUCUUUUCCCAGCAGUUGCUGCAUAUCUUGCAUUUAGUUGCCUAAAUGUCUGUGCAUGCCGUGCACUGAU